CCGGCGCUUCGCAUGCCACAUGAUAUCUUAGUGCCGCUUGUCGAAGCGACGAUCAUUUUUUUUUUGCAACUGACCAAAAGGAAAAAAAAAACAAUUCUUUUGCGUUCUUGACUAGCUUGUGGUGCUGUGUAGAAAAGACAACUUCGUUGGAUGUGUGCGCGCACUGACAAUCCCAUCCCAUCAGGCGAAAGCUCACGUGGUAAGCCAAAUUUUUUCAUCACUACUUUCCAUCAUCAUGGGACGUCCCUAUAUGUUUCACUCUGGCUGUCGUUAUUGAUGGUUGAUGACUGAUGCGAAACUAGAAAUCAUAGUUUUUUGAGGCUUCGCGCUGGCGCCCCGAUCGCAACAAUGAUUUUCAAGCUAUUCCUCUUGCUAUGUGUUGCGGCUAGCUUCGUUCCGGGCCACUGCGAGGAAAAGACAUUUGACGAUGACGCAAGAUCGAGAUUACCGGAAUUCCUCACCGAGUUGGAUGUGGCGAGCGCUGAGGCAUCGGUGGAAGACGUCGAGGCAUUAAGGAAAAUCGUUAAAAGACUUGCACCCGAAAAGAAUGGCGAGUACCUUGGGAUACGAGUAUAUUUUGCGAACAAAAAUCUGCUGAAGAAAUGGCUGAAGGGAGCGGAAAUUACGGGGCAACCAGGAGUGGAUUAUCCUGCGUUGACGACAAUACCUUCUACUUCGUUCAGCUGCCGCGGUCAGAAAGGCGGUUAUUAUGCUGACUUGGACACUAACUGUCAAGUUUUCCAUAUAUGCGAUAAUGGACGUAAAAUCUCAUUUCUGUGUCCGAACGGCACCAUCUUUCAACAGUCGCAAUUGAUUUGCGACUGGUGGUUCAAGGUGGACUGCAGCAAAUCAGCCGAGUUGUACGAGCAGAGCGCUGAAUUCUUUGCCGAAGAAGAACGAAAACGAAUUGAGAAGAAGAAAAUGACCUCGGAAUUUCACAGAGCAACGGACAACGAGGACAAUAGUGAUCAUUUCUUCGCGAAUUCGAAUUAUGAUGGUCGACAAAACGGUAGACAAAAUCCCUACGGUCAAUCUGCCGUGCAAAAUCAAUUGCCUAACGGCCAAGGCACAAAAUCAACGGCAUCGUUCGAUCCUAAUCAAGUUUAUAAUAGACAAAGUACUCGAAGUCAGUCAACCAGCCAAUACCAUCAAGACACCGCAGUCACUCGAGCCAAGGACGAGUAUGGCAAGCCACCAAGUAGCCGACAGCAGAAUCAACUACUUUCCAAUGAUGGAAAAUCAAAUCACGAACAAAGAGGAUCGAACAAGUACUAUAACAAUCAAGCCAAAACAAGCCAAGAGGACGAAUAUUAUGGCUCCGCGGCAAACGUCAAUGCUCAGCAGAGCGUCAAGUCGUCGAAGCCACGUACGUUCACCCGACAGAACUUCAACGGCGGAGUUCAAAAGGUUACGCCCUCAUACACGGAGGUCACGACUUUCCGUACGUCCACUACUGUCAGUCCUAUACGUGAAUUCCAGCAUUUGGCCGAGAGCGCGGCAUUCGCCUCUAGCCGUGGCAAUCGAUACAAAGCCCACAACUCGAAUCAGUUCAACAGCUUCUAUUCCAACAACAAAGCUACGACCUUUGCUGCCACUGCCGCCACUGUAGAUACCAUGCAGCAGCAGUCUACCGCCACCACUACGGUCAGCUCCUCUAAAGAUCGAAUUAACCCACACAGCUUUGUGCGAUCGCGUAUCCCUGCCUUCCCUGGACCCACUUUCACGCCUAUUUACAAACCAAGGACUACCACUGUCUCCCCGACUACUACUCAACGCCCUUAUACUAAUACUGAUUACUUCAGACAGAAUUAUCAGGAGCAGACUACGACUAAUAAUGGCAAUUACGAGACUACAACGCUUUAUCCAGACUUCACCACCACGGACUCGUCUUUUACUUAUACUACGAGUGCUUAUCGGGAUCGAAACACAAAUGCUCCACAGACAACUUUCAAAGGCGAUCGAUAUGCCACCAAUAUGCCAACAACGAGACAAUAUUUUACCAGAGACUUCUACACAGAAACCACCACUAUUCAACCGUUCACAACGACAACUGCGAAUCAUAACAGUGCUGAGUUUACUACUCGCUAUACGGAUAAUUAUUCGGGAUCCUUCACCACUGUGAGGCCGGUUUACCAUGGUGCACAGAAUUACAAUACAGCGAAUAACUCCGAAGAAGAUAGAACCACAACUCCAGCAAUUAUAUAUGCCGAUGACAUUCAAGCUCAAGAUAUCGCAAGAUUCGGAUCAUCGAAAUUUUCAACCAAAAAACCAGCCAAAUUGCAAUCUACGUACCAGCAGAAUUUUAUUAGUGGAUCUACUGAGAAACCAAAUAGAAAUAAUAGUAGUCAAAGUUUUAAUUCAGUCAUUCCACUUCGUACAUCGAGUCUUUACGAUAGUAGUGUGACUUAUCAACAGGGAAAAAUUGCAUCCACGUUACCUCCAUACGUACCAUUCACAAAGAAUUAUGCUUUCAGUACCACUAAGAAGCCAAAUUACACACCAGUAAGCACGAAUUUUAUUCAAAACAACAAGAAGUCUGAAAACUACGUACAAUCUAAUUUUGGAAAGUCAGGAAAUAGAGCAACGUACUUACCGGAGAAAACAACUCAAUCAUCAAUUAUUGCAGAUAAAAGUGUUUUGGAUAGUAGACCCGCUAAUGAGAGAGAACACGCUUUAAACAUGUUGAAAUCUCUUCAAGGACUUGAAGGCAAUUCGCCAAAUCUAAAUCUCAAUAACUAUAAUAAUACUAGAACUGGACUUGAUGUACCAGUCUCUUCAGGGCCAUCAACUUUGCAUUCUUUGGCAUUGUACUUUGCUAAUGCAGAUGAUGAUGAAAAUUACGAUAAUGAAAAACCCACUGACUCUGCAAUAAAUGUAGAAUACUUUGAAACGACACCGAAUCCUAUAGCUAGAAAGAAUACUUCUGUUAUUGAUCUACCAGCAAGUAUUUUGACUCAUCACACUAUUAGUUCAUAUGCGGAACUUUUUAAUCUGAAUAAUGCACUUGAAAAUAAUAUCACUGGUGAUCAAAGUUAUGAUAACAGCGAUGAAAAUCUUACUGAUGAGGACAGUGACUUAGAUAUCCAGCAGAGUGAAGGUCCAUUAAGUGGUGUCAAAAAAUCUAAUAAUACUAAAUUAAGAGAAUUGGCUCAAGUUUUUACUCAGGCGUUAUCUGCUUACUUACAAGACCCAGAAACAUUCAAAAAAGUCUUAACUGAGAUAAGACCAACUGAACCUCCACAAAGUGAAAAUGAAAUAACAACUCAAACAACAACUGAAGAUUAUCCAUCCGUCACAAAAGAAAAAGACGAAGUACUUGAUUUUUCAGAUGACAAUAAUGGUGUAAGAAGGAGAAGGCCAACGACUACGCCACUGCCAGAAACUACUAAAGAUAAUGGAAGAGAGACUACCUAUCAACCGUACUAUACUCCUGAUUAUUUCACAACAACAACGCAAUAUCCAGACGAAUCUUUGAAUGAAGCUCAGAGCAGUUAUGGCAAUCAAGGAAAAGUAGAUAAAAAAUUGUCUUAUUUACCUAACAAUAUUGAUGAUAUAAAGAAAUUAAAAGAAAUUCAAAAUUAUAAAUCUACUACGAAUAGUGUCAGUAGUUCUAGUGACUCUGGCCAAGAAUACGAAAAUUAUUUCCCUAGCGAACCAAGUAGAUAUGGUGGUUUUCAAAAUAAUUCUGCGAGCUCUUAUACUCCUUAUGGAAAGUAUGUUAAACCAUUAAACUCAACCCCAAUAAGUGAUAAUUAUAUUGCUUCAUCAACCCCUGCAUCUUACGAAGUCGCCGCACCCCAAAGUCAAAGUUUUACGCUCAGUAAAUCAAGUGCCAAUGUCAAUGAUCGUCUUCAUGAAGACUUGACACCUCCAGCAAUUCCAAGUUAUCAGACCUCAAAUACUAUCAACUCGAUACCAACUAGCACCACUCAGACUAGACCAGUUGAUGCUGGAAUUCAGAAUAAUCACGUUACACCCGUCUACAAGAAACCACAAGAGUCAGUAACCACAACAAGAGAACCAUUCAGAAUACGGUACUACGAUACAACACCUAAGCAGCAGCAAUCUGAAAAUCUCGUAACGGCUAGCAGUAUUCAUUCGAACUUUGGUAACAACUUUGAUAUUAAUAGUAAAUUUCGUGAAACUGAGAGGCCAGUUAAUACUCAAAAACAUCCGAAUAAUCAUAAUAAUCAUUGGACUUCGUCUCCAACGGUGACGCAAUUAUGGGAAACGACUGUAUUCAUUGAUCCUGAUCAUAUCAAUCGUGGAUUGGAUAAUGAUCCAAGAAUCACUCAAGCAUCAAACGUUGAUUUCAGAAGUACGACUCCCAGUUCGAGGGAUGAUUUUUUAAACAGCGAUGUAAGCAAUUCCGUAACACCUCAGAAUUUUCUUGCCGAUCCUUCAACGCCAUGGCAAUGGGUAUCAAAUAAUAAUGAUGCACCAACAGCAUUCACCUUGUUACCAAAUGCAUUUGGAAAUACCGAUUUUACAGCGACACCAACUCCGACAUAUACUACUAAAUCCAGUAUAACGACAACUCUUACUACAUCGAUCACAGCAACAAAUGCUAUUUCUGAGCGUGACCAAGGCAUACCCACGAGAAUAAGUGUAUUCAACGUGACCGAGAACGAGAUUGAAAAAGCUCACAUGAUGUUUGGAAGUUUGAAUGAAACUAGUUCAAAGACGUUGAUGAAAGUCAUGAAGCAAGCCGACAAUAAUGCCACAGUCAGGCAGUUGGUACUACUGCUCAUCAGUCAUUGUAAUGGACCAAUGAACAAGACUAUGGAAGAGGAGAAGGAACAAUUACUUAAUGCACUAUUGAGAAUGCCUGUGCACGAAUUCACCACAGAAGAAUCUAGAGAAUUAAUCAAAGGCAUUAGUACCUUACAACUACCUAUUGGCAUAUCGACAAUAGAGACAAGAAAUCCAACAAAGACGACUACAACAACUAUUUUUUCUACAUCCACUUUAUCACCGAAAGAACCUGCAGUAACAACGUUUAGAAGUCGAUCAGGACGAAAAUUCAAAUCGACAACUACAAACCCAACCAGGAGCAACUCAAACAAAGUCGUCGAAAGGUCUGAUAGAUCAUCCACUGGCACAAGAAAUCUUGUCCCUGUAGAUGAAGCUACUGCAUCUGAUAAUAGGGCACUAGAUCUUCUUAGGUCAUUAUAUACAAUAGCCGCCAAAUGGGGUUGAACAGUUUGAAGAUUUUUGGGAUACAUGAUCGCAGACUGUCUGUUUUUUAUAUUGUUUUACGCUAGAAUAUUUGACGUUUAUUCGAAUAUUCAUGAGAUUCGAAGCGUAAAUUCAAUUACAUGCUUAAUUCGAUGAUAUUAUUGUUUUGAAUUUGAACAAGUCUAUUUUAAAUAAAAUUAUAAUUCAAACUGACAGCACGUUAGUAUGAUAUAAAAUAUCCUAUUAAAUAACAGAGACAUUUUGAUGUGCAAAUUCUGAAUAUGAGUGUUGUAAAGCAGACUUUAGAUAGCAAUCGUGAGCCCAACUUUGUUUAAUGGAAAUACAAAUUAUCAGCCAGCACAAACAAAGUAUGUAGCGAUAAUUGUUCACGAAACUCAAAGACUCUAAGUGGAUGUUAACGCAGUCUAAAAAUAUCUAUACAUGAAAACUUAUAAAUUUACGUUGAUCUUUUAUCUUUGCACGAUAAUUGUAUUUAAUGCAUUUUAUCGGUUACCAUAGUCUAUAGUCCUAUAUAAUAUAUAACGUAAAAAUAUGCCGAAGGUCCUUCUUUUUUUGAGUUUUGACCUCGCAAAAAUAAAUGAGAUAACAUUUUUUUCGUUCUCGUUCCUAAUUCUGACAAGUUAAGCUCUGUUCCAAGUGCCGAACAGGUCACCACAGAGAUUAUUGCAUUUUAUUUUAGCUUAGUCGACAAAGAAAUUUUUAUUCCAUAGUAUAUAUUUUAACAUGAAUCGAAAUAUUAAUAAGGUAUCUAGAACAAUUUCACAGAUUGUUUUCAGAAAUUUCUUAUGAGUGUAUUAUUGAACAAAAUAGUGUCUUUGUUUCUGAGCAAUCGAGUUCUGUAUUAUCUCUAAUAGUUUAUACAUAUUUUCAGCCUGCAUUAAAAUUAACAAAGAUGUCGUAAAAGAGUAUUGAAAAAUUGACUGAAUUUUCUAAUUUUUUACAAAGAUUUUGUAUUAAGUCGUUUAUGUUAUUCUUCAAUAGGAUUUCGUCCUCAAAUAUCAUAGUAAAACUAGAUAUUUUUUUCAUUUUUACGUAAUAUAUUGAAUCGCAGGCUGAAUAUUCGCCAUAGUUGAGAAGUUGAAUAUAUAAAAGCCGUUAAAAAUCAAAAUUAUUUAUUCCAUUUUUCAUAAUUUGUAAGUCAAUAUUCUGUAAACUUUGAAAGAUUAAUGUAUUAUCAAUACAAGUGUACGGUGUCGGUUAAAAAAGUUAAGUGAAAUUAAAUUAUCCGUUCAGCAGGUCCUCGAAGAUCUAUUGUUAGAUCAAACUGAUUUUCGGAUCGUUAGUAAAUUUCAAUGGUGUUUCUUCCUUAAAAAAACACAGACGCUAUAUGCGGAUUUUAUUUCGAUGUGAAUGCGUGGAUUUAUGAAGUAGAUGUAUCGAUUUUAUGUAAAAUAUGUUUGUACAGAAUGUGAA